UCCGAGCUCAGGGUUUAUUUUUAACGUGGCAUGGAGACGCGUCCUGCCAUUUGCAGGACGGGGCAGCAGGAUGACCGUGAGGCUGUGAGACAGCGGGCUGGGACCCAGCAGCAGGACCCGCUCUCCUCUCUCAGGGACCCCGGAGCAGUGGGCUGAACUCCUCACAAGCCACUUUUACCUGGGGAUCGAGGCCAACAUGGCGGCCAGCUACACGAGCUACCCCGCGGGGCUGAGCUUCCUGUCCCAGCGCUACCCACCCCCGCUGCCCCCCAAGCCCGGGAAGGACAAUGCCCGUCUGCAGAAGCUCCUAAAGAGGAACGCCAAGAAGAAGGUGUCGCCGCAGGCAGCCCAGGCCGCCGCCGUGUUCCGCUCAAGCCUGUCACCGGUCAACGAGGCCAGCCCCGAUCUGGAGCACAGCGACCACUCCACCCCCCCCAGGACCCCCGAGACCCCCCUAAGGGGCAUGGCACGGUUCCCCCCCCGCUUCAGCGUGCGGCCUCUUUACCAGCAUGUGGCGUCCCCCUACCCCCAGAGGGUGGGCUGGGGCCAGCCUCCCCCAAUCUUCUUCCCCGACUCGCCGACCACGCCACCAGUCCUGUUCCCGCAAUACGGCACGCCGGUCGCCACAGGUCCGCCCCCACUGACGGCCCCACCCCAGAUGAUGACCCCGCCCCCGUUGAUGGCCCCGCCCCUUCUGAUGGCCCCGCCCCCGCUGAUGGCCCCGCCCCCGCAGAUGGCCCUGCCCCCGCUGAAGGCACCGCCCAUGCUGAUGGCCCCGCCCCCAGUGCAGCUGAGCAGGGCAGUAGAAUCAGGAACGCCCUUGAAGAUGGAGUUCACAAUUCCGGCACUUCAAGUAACUCUGCUGCCCGGCCAGGGUCGGCCUGGAUGGAUGCCUGGUGCGAACAGGUCUCCCAGUCCGGUGCCGGUUCGAUACUCUGGUCCCGGCCCAGUAUCAGUCCCCUACUCAGGAAUCCAGGUGGUGUUGAAACCCCUCACAGUGUUGACCUCAUUUGCUAAAUCAAAAAGUCCUCGGCCGCACUUCAGAGCCACUGAAAACUCGAGAUCUCCCAAACCGAUGUUUGAAGUUCCUCAGAUCCGGUUGUACACCGCAAACACGUCCUUCUACGAGUCGUCCAGGACCCCUCCGGUCUACGACACGACGGAGCUCACCGCCAUUGGCACCACGGCACCGCGGAGCAAAACGCCGACCCCGGAGUCACGACGUGGGCCGACUCCGUCAGCAGAGGUGAGGAGGGGUUUGACUCCGACCAGAGAAAUCCGGCAAGCUGUGACUCUUGUGAGUCAGAGCGGGUCCCUGGUCUCAGACUCUAGGAGUAAGACCCCAACCCGUGAGCCCACCAGAGCCUCCACACCAAAGACGGAAGUCACCAAGAUCCCUCAAACUCCUAAAGCCGAAACCAAAUCCCUCCCCCCGACCCCUGAGGUCAAACGAGCUAAAACACCAACAUACGAGUUUACGACUUCCAGAACUCACUCUGGGCGGCCAAAGACACCCUCGUACCGCGUGGCUCGGGCUAAAACACCAGUCUUUGAAAUAUCAAGAACCAAUCCACUUCUAUUUUGUGUGUCACCGAUCCCAGCGGAGUCAGAGAGGAAGACUCCCACAGCUGUCCCGAUGAUGGGUUUAUCCACUGCAGAAAAUGUCAAGACAAAGGAUGCUUUAACUUCAAAUGGGGACAUCCAUUCAAACAUCACGCCAGUAGCGCCAUCCAUAGAUGUUUCAAAACCAAAGUCUGAGCCUUCUGUUGCUGUGAAAGCACAACAGGAGAUCCCUGCUGCACCACCAAGUUAUCCAAAGCCUCAAACUCUGCCUUCGGCCCCGUCAGAACCACAGAUAACAGUCUCUAGUUCCCCAAGGCCUAAAACACCUUCAUAUGAAGCCCCAAAACCAGCGGCCCCCAAAACCCCUUCUCACCCGCAGCCCAAACCUCCCAGCACUCAGGUGCAGCCCAGCACCCAGGCCCCCCCCCGCAUCCAGGCCCCCCCCAGCACCCAGGGGGCUCAAAGCACCCAGGGGGCCCCCGGCACCCAGGGGGCUCCCAGCACCCAGAGGGCCCCAAGCACCCAGGGGGCUCCCCUCACAAAGACAGCACCUGGGUUCCCCAGACCAGGCCCACCGAGGACUUCAUACGGAGCUCAGAGACCCAAGACGCCCACCCAUGCGGGGUCCAGGUCUGGGUACCGGGGCUUGACACCAGCCGAGUACGUUGCUCACGGUGGGAUCCAGUGCUACUCUCCCGCAUUCGGUUUAUCUGGUGCCACAAAGUCCACUCAAGAAGAGCCUAAGACCACAACCGUAACGUCAUUGAAAACUGAACCAGCAACUCUAGAACUUUCUGUAACACCAAAGGUUGUGGCGGUUGAGGUGUCUGGAGGUGGAGAACCGUCUGGAAAGAAGGCAGAGGAGGUAGUGUCCUCCAGACCGCCAGCUCUCCGGAUUCCAACUAUUGUUGUUUCCCAAGCGUCAGACUACCCAGAACCAGCCUCAUCCCACCAGGCCUCAUCUGCAAUCGUCACGACAGCGUCUGCAAAAACUGUGUUACAGGACACCGCAACGACGACAGCACACAAAGCAGAAAUCAAAACUCCCGUGAAGAAGAUAAGUCCUGAGGUCACCAAACCAGAGAAUCAAGCCAAGCAUUCUUUAGUGACCUCAGAAAGUAAAAACGAAGACAUAGUUCUUCAGAAACAAACAAAAGAAGCUCCAGCUGUUUCACUGGAGACCAAAGCUAAGUCCUCAGCUAAGAAAGCGUUGGAAGGGGUUUUCGGGGUCCCCAGGACCCAGGAACCAAAGCCAGGCAUCCCUUCAACACAAGAAGGCUCAGCGCCUGGCUUCCCUGCUGAGGCUUCUGCUGACUCAACACCUAGCAAAGGAAAAGAGGACAAAGGUCCCUCCUCUCCUGCAGCCAAACCAGACAGCCAGGAAGCAUCUGACUCAGCCCAGGCGGCGCAGGUUCUGUUCAAAGCCCUUGGGAAACCGAAGGGAUUGAAAUCCAAACUGAGCGGAUGGUCCCGCCUCAAGAAGCACAUGGUGGUGGAGCAGGAGGAGCCCAAGUUCCCCGAGGGGGCAGAAGGGAAGAAGGAGGAGGCAGUAGGGCAGGUUGUGGCUGAAGCUAAACCUUCCGAUGGGAAACCUUCCGAGGGGAACCCUGCCAGCGACAGCGACAAAUUGAGCAAAGACGCUCCAAAGGGAGCCAUGAUGUGGAACGCUGUCCUCUUCCAAAUGUUCUCCACUAAGGAAAACAUCAUGCACCAGAUAGAGCUCAACAAAAGCGAGGAGGAGAAGAACGAGGGUGAAACAAAGGAGGAGUCCAAGGAGAUUCCGGCCUUCGCCCAUCGGCUCCCCAUCCUGCUAUUCAGCCCCAAGUUUGAUGCCAAGAAACUGAGGGAAGCGGCGUCGAGACCUCUCACGAAGAUCUCCACCGUGUUCGAGAUGGGCCUGAUCGGCCGCAAGAACAAGGAGGAGGAACCCAAAGACUUUAACAGAACGGCCAGAGGCUUCCUCGUUUCUUAGAAACAUGCCGACAACGUGAAUAGUGUGCCAAAAUACAAACUUUUUGGAGAAGAGAUAUCUGUUUCUAAAUGUCUUGUGUACAGGUGACCUAGAAUUCUUAGUAAUAAAAAUAUAUGUACAGGGCGUUUUUAGUAUCUGUGGUAUCCGUAAAGUAGACAGUUGCAAACUUUAUACUUGAAAUGCAUCGUACUGUAUCUGGGUUCAGCUGUUCUGAUUCUUGUCCAAGGAUAAAAGUCUCUUGGGAUGUCUUGUAAUCGAUCAUUAUUGUACAGGUUCUCUAAUGUCCAUUGCGGAUUAUAUGAUCAGACGUUGAAACUUACGAUGUUAAGACCUGAGACCUUUUACAAAUGAACGCAUAAAUAGACCUAUUGUUCACACUAGAACUGUGUGCAAAUUCUUAUUUCAGAAAAACGGCCUUGCCGACUUCAAUAAUGCCGCACUAAAUAUUGCAGUGUCCACAUUGAAAAUAGUGUAGUGUUGAGCACAACAUUUUCAAUGUGGAUACUGCAAUACAUAGUGGUUGACGUUGUAGAGUUGGCUCCUCGUCUUCUCAUGUUCGUUGCAUAGUCUUCUGACUUAUGUAUACCAGGGUUAAAAGCCAAUGUUUAACAUCUAUUGGUUAUCUUUAAUCAUCUAUGAUAUUGUGGAAAAUAAUGGUGCUAAUUAUUGAUAUCACAGUAAGCUUUCUUUAUUUAUCUUAGGUUUUUUUGACCUGAAUGCUUUUGGCUUUUAUUAUGACUAGAUUUAGCUAGCAGUUAGACAGGAUGGAAAGGUUUGCAGUUAAAAAGGAUAUGCUUUUGGUUAGGCGUUGCUAUUGCUAAUGCAUCGCUAAAGCUUAGGGCUACACUUAUAUUAUGGCCUUGUUUAUGGUGGGCUAAUAAUUAGACUUUUUCGAAUUGCAUGAUUUUGGUAUUGUUAAGGCUUUUCUUAUGGUUACACUUAGCUAAUUCUAAUGGUUAAUCUUUGCUAGUGGCUAAGCCUCCUUAGUGGUCCUUAAUGCUAAUUAAUUAUUUAAGCUGCAAGUAAGGCUUUGCUAUGGUAAGAGUUACCUAAUGCUGUCUUUGCUAAAGACUAGUUAUUGCUACUGGUAAAGCUUAUCAAACAAUGGAACUUAAUCAAAUGAGACAGAUUAAGAAAUCCAAAUUAAAACAAUAAAUCAAAGAUAUUGCAAACAGUUAAAAAGCAGUAGUGAAAAAAUUAUAAUUUGAUAGAAUACUGAUUUAAAUGCCAUAAUGUCCAGUCCAUUUAGCCCUCGGUAUUUUCAAUACUUUAUCAUUGAUUUCAAUGUGAAUGGUUUUGAAAGGGUUGAGUUUGAGGGGUCAGAGGUUAGACAGUUUUGAAGUGAGAUCGUAUCUAGUAAGUGGCUUAAAAGGUGAGAGGAGUCGGUUGGUGAUUUUUGAUGAGGUAUUCGAAGAGAAGUUGGAUCAAUAACCCUUGAAGUAGAACAGACACUUAGAAACCAGACCCUAAGCUCCUCCUCCAGACGAGGACUGCAUGUCUUUUAUAUUCGCUCCUUGUGACAGAUGAGAAGUGUUUGCAUUAAAGGUGCUUCAAUAGGA